AUGAACGACUCAGUAGACAAGCUGGUCAUCUUUCUGGCCAAGCGAGAUGGCAUCGACAAGCUGGUGAAGACGUUCCAAUACGUCUCCAAGCUUGUUAACUGGCAAGUGGAAGCCACUCACCCUGACCUCGCCACCAGGUUCAAGCAAUGGGAGGUUGCCUCUGGUCUUAGCCGAAAAGCCUUUAGAACCGGCAGGUUCCUCACCGGUUUCAAUGCCUUGAGAAGGAACCCUGGUUCAACCCCAAGUUUCAAGCUCCUAGCAGUGCUUGCUAAUGCCGGAGAGAUGGUCUAUUUCUUCUUCGACCACUUCCUUUGGCUCUCGAGAAUCGGGACGCUUGAUGCUAAGUUGGCUAAGAGGAUGAGCUUCAUCUCUGCCUUUGGUGAGGCAUUUGGGUAUGUUUUCUUCAUUGUUUCGGAUUUGAUUGUCAUGAAACAAGGGGUCGAGGCAGAGAGGAAGUUCAUUGCUUUGAAAGAAGAAGAAGAUGAUGAUGAAGAUUCAAAGGAAGCAAAGCAGAAGAUAAGGAAGAUAAGAGGCGAUAGAGUGAUGAGGUUGAUGGCAGUGGCAGCGAAUGUUGCCGAUUUGAUAAUUGCACUUGCAGAGAUCGAGCCCAACCCUUUCUGCAACCAUCCUCUGUCUCUUGGUGUCAGUGGCUUGGUCUCUGCAUGGGCCGGUUGGUACCGAAAUUGGCCCUCCUAA